AUGGACCUGCAUCAAGAGAACCAGCGCCUUCAAACCUGUCUCGAUCUUCGGAACGAAUCGAUUGUUGCCCUUCGACAAAAGAACAGAUCACUAAAGCUGUCUUUUAAAGCUUCAGGAAAGGCAGUUGUAAGGAACCCCUCCGGAAACAGCUCGCCGGCUGACCAAUUUGAACGAUACAAGUUCGAGGACGAGGGGUCUGCUAUUGUAAAUUCUCUCUGCCUUAAAUUAAAACCGAGUUACUUCUCAGACCCGGAGCCGGUUACAAACCCUAGCGAAUAUGCCAACAUCUCUAAGUCAACCAUCAUAGGGGGCGCGGGAAGACGCGAAGACAAGCGUGGGUUGAAGAAGAAAGGAGAGGGGAAAGGGAAAAAAGGAAAGAAGAGAAAGGGGGACGAGGGUACUAAGGGAGAUUCACCGGGAUUCAAUACCUCCAUCUCAAGCGACCAAUAG